AUGGAUAAUCAUCGAUCAAAUAUUGCAAACCUCAAUUUAAUUGAUCUUGAUAAUUAUGCACAAACCUAUCGAAUGAUUAAGGAAAAUUUUGGCCAUCAAAUAGCAGCAAAUUGGAAAGAGAAGACCGAUCCUCGAAAAUUUGUUUACGAAGAUUGUGCAAUUGCAGCAUAUUUAUUGGAAACAUGGCGUAGAAAAAAAAGAUUUCCUCAAAAUUUCUGUGAUAUUGGUUGUGGAAAUGGUCUUCUUGUUUAUUUGCUGUAUAAACUUCAGGUAAAAGGAUAUGGUGUUGAUAUUCGAAAACGAAAUAUAUGGUUAGAUUUCAAAGGAGCAGAUUUAAGAGAGCUUGCAUUGAAUCCGGAAUUGGAAACGAACUCAGACUGCAAUGAAUUUAGACGUGUAGAUUAUCUCAUUGGCAAUCAUUGUGAUGAACUUACUCCUUGGAUUCCUGUUAUAGCUGCGAGAUUACGCUGUGAUUUUUUUCUUUUGCCUUGUUGUCCAUAUGAUUUUUAUUCUCGAUAUAGAAAAAAAUCGAAAUCUUCUGCUGGUUAUAGCAGUUAUUGGUCAUAUUUGGAUUAUAUAAAAAGCAUUUGUAUGAGAUUAGGGUAUAAAGUUGAAGAAGAUGGCUUGAAAAUUCCAUCGACGAAACGUUAUUGUUUUGUUUGUUCUGUUCCUAAUGAGAAAUUACCAGAGGAUAUUGAUGCACGAAUCUCAGAAAUAUUGUUAACUUCGAAAUCUGGUAAUUUCAUUCCUCGAGAAAAAAUUUCUCAGGAAACUUAUGAUUUUAGAGAAUGGCGCAGAGGGAAAACAUGUAACAUAUUGGAAAUUGCCAAUCUUCUCGAUUCAAACGAGAAAAAUCAAUUAAAAAAUUCUAAUGGUGGUGUGAAGACUUUUUUAAAAAAUCAACAUCAAAUCUUCUAUGUAAUAAAUUUUAAUUUAUAUUCGCGUGUAGCAGGAAAUGAAGUUUCGAUCCGCAAUUGGCCAGUUGAAGGACAGCGCCAUGUAGAAGGAAAAUUGAAAACUCGUAAAUGUUGGUUUAAAGAAAAUCAUCCUGACGGCUGUCCACUUUCUGAUACGGACUGUUCAUAUAGUCACAUAUUUUGA